CCGCAAUGUCGAAAGCAGCUUCACCUUUGUCCUAUUUCAUCCGAUCCAUCCAGGAUGAUUCACAAGGCUGCCGUGAGAUGCCUUACAGGGCGUUUACGGACCCGCAUAUUAGCUGCACCAUCUUGCACCCUUCGGGCUUUUGCCACCUCCACCUCGGACUUUCCUGAUUGGUCUCGCAAACCACCGGCUCCAGAUAGUGCGGAGAAUCCUGAUUACCUUCCCAACAUUGCUGUUCCACGGCCUAUCCGCCCAGCUACCGAGGCCACAUCUACGAAGCGAGCACGGCUAGUCUAUGCCUCCCGAAAGCGGGGGAUUCUUGAAACGGACUUGUUGCUGUCGACCUUUGCGGGUGAACACUUGAGUGAAUUAUCAAGGGAGGAGCUGGAAGAAUAUGAUAAUUUAUUGGAGGAAAAUGAUUGGGAUAUCUAUUAUUGGGUUACUGGAACGGAGGGGAAGAUUGUACCGGAACGGGUGCAACAGAUGAAGGUUUUCCCAAAAAUCGUUGAGCACGCAAAGAAUAGGGGGAGGAAAAUUCUAAGGAUGCCAGACCUGAAGGAGUAAUUCAGUCUAUCUAGCGUUUCCUUACACCGCUAAUAUCACCACUAUCUCGCAUUGGA